GUUUGCAGAGUUCUGUUUCAGAGCGAACUGAUGAGCACUGAGAAAUCGGAAGCACCUGACAAACUAACAUUGCCUGAGCUUCUUUUGACAACUUUUUUCCCCCCUCACAUGAGACUGGUCAGUACUAUUUCUAUCUCUCUUGUCUUUGAUGGUAUUUUUGUUGAACUUUAUCCACGCCUGAGAGUGAACAUUUCAAAGCCGUUCGAAUGUAUAACAUGAUGGAAACCGAGAUCAAGAGCCCACUCCCGCAGUCCAAUUCGGGUUCAGCGGCGGGCAACAAGAACAACAGUGCCAACGACCAGGACCGGGUGAAGCGGCCUAUGAACGCUUUCAUGGUGUGGUCCCGUGGACAGCGGAGAAAGAUGGCACAAGAGAACCCUAAAAUGCACAACUCUGAGAUUAGCAAGCGGCUCGGUGCAGACUGGAAACUUUUGACCGACGCGGAGAAGAGACCCUUCAUCGACGAGGCCAAGCGUCUGCGCGCCAUGCACAUGAAGGAGCAUCCGGAUUACAAAUACCGUCCCCGCAGGAAGACCAAGACUCUGCUCAAGAAAGACAAGUAUUCUUUGCCUGGAGGACUUCUGGCGCCAGGUGCCAACGCUGUCAACAACGGCGUCUCGGUGGGACAGCGGAUGGACAGUUAUGCUCACAUGAAUGGCUGGACCAACAGUGCGUACUCUCUCAUGCAGGACCAGUUGGCCUACCCUCAGCAUCACAGCCCACAGAUUCAGCAGAUGCACCGGUAUGAGAUGGCAGGGCUCCAGUACCCCAUGAUGUCCUCGGCUCAGACUUACAUGAACGCAGCAUCCACGUACAGCAUGUCCCCCGCAUACACGCAGCAAACCUCCAGUGCCAUGGGCUUGGGUUCCAUGGCCUCCGUGUGCAAGACCGAGCCGAGCUCCCCACCUCCGGCGAUUACUUCUCACUCCCAGAGAGCGUGUUUGGGGGACCUGCGGGAUAUGAUCAGCAUGUACCUGCCUCCCGGUGGCGACAGCGCGGAUCACCCGUCCCUGCAGACCAGUCGGUUACACAGUGUACAUCCGCACUAUCAGACCGCGGGGACUGGCGUUAACGGAACGCUACCCCUAACCCACAUUUGAAAAAAUGACUAUAAACUUAAGUACUUCGUAUACUUGAACAUUUUGAUUGCUAAAAUAAUCGCCGUUCAGUAGUUAAAAAAACAAUAAUGCAUUUGAUUUUUUUUAUUUCAUUGAGUUGUCCAUUUUUAAAGCAUUUUAAAACUACAUAUCCUGGACUGAAACUGAAUGUUCAGUCCACCAGAGUAAAUUGCAUUGCAAAUAGGCUUUUAUCAUGAUUUAUAAGCAAUCAACUUCUGUAGAAGAAUUGGACUUCUAUUUUAAUAAUGCCAUCAUAUUUUCUCUGAAAAAGGCAUUUGGCCUCGUGAAGAGGCGUUGUAUUUCAGAAAAGCUGGAUUGAGAGUUGGUUCAUACGUGUUUACACUUAAUUUGUAGAAUGUCAGUGUCGGUUGUGUCCAAAUCUUUGUAGUCUUUUUCUUCAUGACCUAGGUUUUAAUGAAAUGUAAGACUGUGGGGUGCAAGUUUUUAUUUAUAGUGUUUUUUUAAAUGUUAUAAUGUUCCAUUUUUGUUUGACAUUUUUUAGUCAGGUUAACCCAUCACGGGCCAGGAGGUUUUAUUUAAAACUGACGUUUCUACUUAUUUUUAAGACCAUCCUCUAUUCUUAAAUGAUGAAUAAAUUUGUACGAAACAAGA